AUGGGACCAUGAGAACAUAUAAGCAGCUAUAAGACACACAGUGAUCAGAGCAGAUCACUUCAGACAGCAAAGACUGAAGAGCAUCAUCCCUUCUACACUUGUACACAGGACAUGAUGAAGCCUCUCAGCUUCAGCAGGGGACUCGUGUUGCUGCUCCUCACGGUUUACUCCUGCACUGCCAUGCCUCAUGCGUUGAAUGGAAUAGCACCUGGGUCGUGCUGCUUUCAAUUCUUUACAGGAAGGGUGCCGCAGCCGCAAAUCACCUCCAUCAUCAAGACUCACAGCAGAUGUCACGAAAAGGGAUUUGUGGUCAGUACUGCCAUAGGGAAGGAUAUCUGCGUGAGCCAGAAUCUGGGCUGGGCUCAGAGAGCUUUCGAGCAACAGCAAGUCAUCAAGGACAAAUGAUUCUGUAGUCACACUGUGAUCAAACAUGUCCAGCUACUCAACCUCCAGCUAUCAUAGAGCUCUGUCCCAUCUUUUUAUGAUAAUCAAAACAGAUUUUUCCAUGAAGCUUUGCACUGUGAACUUUCAUGCAGCUAUUUUUAAUUUACAAAAUGAACUGAUAUAUGCAGUCAUG